AUGUGGAGGUUGAAGUUGUCGGAAGGAGAAGAAGAGAGCGUGAAUCAACACGUUGGAAGACAGUUUUGGGAGUAUGAUGACAAAUUUGGAACUUCUGAAGAGAGACAUCACAUCUCCGAUCUUCGUGCCAACUUUACUCUCAAUCGGUUUCGUUUCAAGCAUAGUUCUGACCUUCUCUACCGUUUUCAGUGUUCGAAAGAGAACGGAAGAGGAAAGGAGAGGCUUCCACAAGUGAAAGUAAAAGAGGGGAAAGAAGAAGAGGAGACAAGUGAAGAAGUCGUGAAUGAGACACUAAAAAGAAGUUUGAGAUUCUACUCAACACUUCAAUCAAAAGAUGGCUUUUGGCCUGGUGACUACGGUGGCCCAUUGUUUCUCUUGCCUGAUCUGGUGAUCGGCUUAUAUGUGACCGAAGCUUUAGAUGCAACUUUAACUACUCAACAUCAAAUCGAGAUUCGCCGUUAUCUAUACAACCAUCAGAAUAAGGAUGGAGGAUGGGGACUACAUAUAGAAGGGAGCAGCACCAUGUUCUGUACAGCUCUCUCUUACGUAGCACUCAGACUAAUGGGAGAAGAAAUGGAUGGUGGAAAUGGAGCCAUGGACACAGCUAGAGGUUGGAUUCACCACCAUGGUGGCGCCACCUUUACUCCCUCUUGGGGAAAGCUAUGGCUCUCAGUUCUUGGAGUUUAUGAAUGGAGUGGGAACAAUCCUUUACCUCCAGAGCUAUGGCUCCUUCCAUAUACUCUUCUCUUUCAUCCAGGGCGAAUGUGGUGCCAUUGCAGGAUGGUUUAUCUUCCAAUGUCAUAUCUGUACGGAAGAAGAUUUGUUUGUCGCAUCAAUGGAACUAUUUUGUCCAUUCGACGAGAGCUCUACAUUGUUCCUUAUCAUCAUAUCGAUUGGGAUACCGCCCGCAAUCAAUGUGCCAAGGAGGACUUAUAUUAUCCACAUCCAAAGAUUCAAGAUAUCAUGUGGAGUUGUCUGAAGAAAUUUGGAGAGCCUCUUCUUGAGAGAUGGCCAUUUUCUAAGCUCAGAAACCGGGCACUCCAGACAGUGAUGCAACACAUUCACUAUGAAGACCAAAACAGUCACUAUAUUUGUAUCGGUCCGGUCAACAAGGUCUUGAAUAUGGUUUGCUGCUGGGUCGAAGCUCCAGAUUCUAACGCAUUUAAAUGUCAUCUCUCAAGGAUAAAAGAUUAUUUGUGGGUGGCUGAAGAUGGGAUGAAAAUGCAGGGAUACAAUGGAUCUCAACUGUGGGACGUGACCUUAGCGGUCCAAGCAAUCUUAGCUACAAAUUUGGUCGAUGAGUAUGGCAUGAUGCUUAAUAAAGCACAUACAUACAUCAAGAACUCUCAACUAAGGAAAAACACGUGUGGAGAUCCAGGAUUAUGGUACCGACACCCAUCCAAGGGAGGAUGGGGUUUCUCCACUGCAGACAAUCCAUGGCCUGUGUCUGACUGUACCGCUGAAGCCUUGAAGGCAACCCUGCUACUGAUGCAAUUGCCGGUUAACAUGGUAGGAGAAGCCAUGCCUGAAGAACAUUUAUUUGAUGCUGUUAACUUUAUCUUAUCAUUACAGAACGACAAUGGAGGAUUUGCAUCAUACGAGCUUACUAGGUCAUAUCCUUGGCUAGAGGUUAUCAACCCAUCAGAGACUUUUGGGGAUAUCAUCAUAGAUUAUCAAUACGUAGAAUGCACAUCAGCUGCAAUCCAAGGCCUCGCUUUAUUCACAAAGAUCAAUUCAAGAUACAAGACCAAAGAGAUACUAAGAUGCAUCAACAAAGCAGUUGGGUUUAUCGAGAAAACACAACUUCCUGAUGGUUCAUGGUACGGCUCGUGGGGAGUCUGCUUCACUUACGCGACAUGGUUUGGGAUCAAAGGCAUGUUGGCUGCUGGGAAAACCUAUAAGACCAAUAUUUGUAUCAGAAAAGCUUGUGAAUUCUUUCUCUCCAAACAACUUUCUUGUGGUGGGUGGGGAGAGAGCUACCUGUCAUGCCAAAAUAAAGUAUACACAAAUCUUCCCGGUAAUAGAUCAAAUAUCGUAAAUACAUCAUGGGCAGUUCUAGCUCUCAUCGAAGCAGGACAGGCCACUAGAGACCCAAUACCAUUGCACCGUGGGGCCAAAUUACUGAUCAACUCGCAGAUGGAAGAUGGAGAUUACCCACAACAGGAAAUACUGGGAGUCUUUAAUCGGAACUGUAUGAUCAGUUAUUCAGCUUACAGAAACAUUUUCCCCAUUUGGGCUCUAGGAGAAUAUCACAACUUCAUAUUGUCUUCAUCUGUAUGAUCAUUUACCCAUC